ACGGCAUUGAGUGCGGCUUUGCAAUCGACCUCAGUACCCUGCCUCCAACACUUGUCCCACUUUUCAUCGUUCAAGGAAGCCCUGUUGCCUGAAUGUACUUUCUCCCUGCUCACCACUUGCCUCCUGUGAUUAAAGAAAUGAUCACUGUGCAUUUCGGACUGACACUUGGACUUCUCUUCUUGGUUGGAGACUCCUUACCGGAGCCCAUACAGUGUGAAAAAAAUCAAAGUCCUGUGACAGCAAUGAGGAGCGACACGGUUUAUUUGCCUUGUUCCUUCAGGCCUGAUAGGCAGCUGGAUGAGCUGUUGGUGUCCUGGCAAAAGGAGGAUCAGAAUGCAACCUUGGUCGUGCACGCAGAGAAGCAAGGGGGUGAGGCUCAAGGGCACCAAGACGACAGCUUUAAAACCCGCACAGCGCUCUCUCUUGCCUGGAAUGAAACAGGGAACGUGACCCUGCAGCUCCGAGCAGUGACAACCUCAGAUUCCGGGAACUACACCUGCUUUAUAAGAGCGGGGCAACUUCCCAGAAACUGUGCCUCGCUGCAGCUAAUAGUGAACUCAGGGACAUUUCUAAUCUGUGCACACCUCUCUACAUGGAUGACAAUCCUGUUCCUGCCACUGAUGAAGAUUGUAUUAUGAUGGUCACUCUUCAUCCUCCCUAUAGCCAGGAUCUCUGGGCUCUGCCUUCCUUCCUCACAGACCCUUGACUGGUGAGUCUCAGAACACAGUCUCUGAAAAUGAGAAGUGUCAGCCAUUUUGGACUGAGAUGAGGAGUAGCAUCUUCGUCUGAAAGCAACAGAACUCUCCUCUUCCUUUAAAGUUUGUGGGUUAGAGGGAGCUCAAUCGCUGACAAUAUUCAAGACAAGCGGCCAUAGGAUUUUGUUCAACAAGAAUGCAAUGCAGAGGGUAGGGUGAAAUUAGGGAUGUGGAUUAUGGGGCUAAGACAGAAUUCGUUACCAUAACUGACUGCAUCCACAAAAAUCCACUCCCUUCACCAGUGUGUUCUGUAUGCAAAAUGAACUGGAGAAAUUCACCAAAGAUCCUCAGACAGCACCUUCCAAACCCAUGACCACUUCCAUCGAGAAAGACAAGAAUAAUAUAUACAUGGGAACACACUUUCAACUUGCCCUCUGAGCCACACACCAUCUGGACUUCGAAAUAUAUUGCCAUUCCCUUCGCUGUUGUUUGGUCAAAAUCCUGGAAUUUCCUCUCUAAGGGCAUUGUGAGUCAACCCACAGCAGGUAGACUGCAGCGGUUCAAGAAGGCAGCUCACCCCCACCUUCUCAAGGGGUAACUAGGGAUGGACAA